AUGCCAAUUCACGCAUUAACAUGCCGCAUUGUUGCCAUAAGACUUGGUGGAAUUGUUCCUAGCACUUCAGGUGGUGUCAUUCUAAACUUCCUCUCAACAGCUGGAUGGAAAAAUUUUGGUAACCAACGGAAUUUUUCCAAUGAUACGCAAUUGUCUAUAGCAACGGAAUUGCAGGCUCUUCCCAUUGUUCAGUGGUUCGACCGAUCGAUGAAAACAUCGCGUAGUUAUGCACAAAAUUUGAUUGAAAGUUCUGGCUUAAGUAGUACUCCGCUGGAACACUUGGGGUUAUACACCUGGUGGAAACCCUCGUCGUGGUACCGAGUAUUUUUGGAAUUCCUCCAUAUCAAUUAUGAAUUAUCUUGGAUUGCCACUGUAAUAUGUGGUACUGUAUUAGUUCGAAUAGCUACGCUAUAUUUGCCAGCUUUAAUUUUGUGGAAUAGAACGAGAUUCAAAAAAGUCCCGCUUCCAUUUCUACGUCGAAUUCAGAGUCAAGUUGGCUCGAUUAUGUUGUACUCUUCAAGCGCUGGGAUCUUCUUGACGCAGUACUGCUGUAUCAAGAAAAUGGCCGAAGUUGUUUAUCCGAGCUGGACAACAAGUGGUAUAUUAUCGUUCACCGAUCUAACAGUACCCGAUCCAGCUUUUUUGUUACCCACCCUAACUGCUAUUUGUUUCACUUUCACAAGUAAGAAAUGGAUUGAAACGCUGCAAAUGCAAAAAACAGUAAGUAAUUUGAUGAUUGGAUUAAAGCCAAAUAAUGCAAUAUACCCAAUCGCUGCAUGUUCAUUUUUCGUUGCUAACAACGUUCCUUCGGUUGUAUGUAUUUAUUGGAUCACUUCAAGUUUAAUUAGUAGCUUGCAUGCAACGUUGCUGAGGACUGGUGCAGUACGAUCUUUGUUAUAUUUGCCUGGUGUUUGUUCUAAUCCUGCGGAAGCUCGUCGUAACGAAUUGCUAAACUACGUUUCCGAAAUGAGACGGCGUAGAGCAAACGAAACAUUGGAAGCCCGGAAGAGAAUUGUUGAAAUUGGAAAAAAAACUCAAGAAGACGAAAUAUCCAAGCCACUUAUAAAAGAAGCAGGAAAUAUUGAAAAAGAUUCGCUUUUUCAAGACUCCUGGAGAGAAGGUGGUGCCUUUUCGUCUUCAAAGAUUGCUAAAUUAAUGGAGCAACGUAUACAGGAAGCAGCGCGCGCAAAUGUGGUCACGAAAUCUACAAAAUCGAAUUCGAUUACGAGAGCUGAUCCUCAGAAGUUUGAAAUAGAUGAAAUUACGGCAGGCUGA